CAACGGACCAACACGCCUCUCUCUCUCUCUCUGCCAUCGGAAGUUUGCAGGGAUUUUUUAAACAGUCGACAGCCGUACAGCACUCAGACAGAGCCUUCUAAAUUCUAAUUAGUAAUUAUAAUACCCAUUUUGGCGAACACAGGCACUGUUUUGAAUCUUUGAUCAGAGUCGACCGACGUUCUUUUUUUUUUUUUUCUCGUUGAAGCACUUUGUUUCCGAGGGAGAUAAAGAGAGAGAGAGGGGGAAGAGAUUAUGGGUCGGCCUCCUAGUAAUGGAGGCCCUGCCUUCCGCUUCACACAAAAUGAGGUUGCGGAGAUGGACGUCAUUCUGCAACAACACAAUAAUACUAUGCCAUCACGUGAUGUUCUCGUGUCACUUGCUGAGAAAUUCAGUGAGUCAGCGGAGCGUAAAGGCAAGAUAACAGUUCAGAUGAAGCAAGUUUGGAAUUGGUUCCAAAAUAGGCGGUAUGCUAUAAGGGCAAAACUAAGUAAGGCUCCUGGGAAGUUAAAUGUCUCUCCUAUGCCUCAGGAUGAUUCAACUUCAGUGAUAAAUGUGUCACAAUCUAUACCUGCUCCUAUACCUGCUCCUUCAGUUCCAAGCGCAGGAAAGGGUGCUCCUGAAAAUUCUCCUAUGGAGUUUGAAGCCAAAUCUGGGAGGGAUGGUGCAUGGUAUGACGUUGCUUCUUUUCUUUCACACAGAUAUUUGGAAACUGGCGAUCCAGAAGUACUGGUCCGUUUUUCUGGUUUUGGACCUGAGGAGGAUGAGUGGGUUAAUGUUCGCAAGCAUGUCAGGCCACGGUCUCUCCCAUGUGAAUCUUCAGAAUGUGUAGCAGUUCUUCCUGGAGAUCUUAUACUCUGUUUUCAGGAAGGUAAAGAGCAGGCUCUGUACUUUGAUGCCCAUGUCCUUGAUGCACAAAGACGAAGGCAUGAUGUGAGAGGUUGUCGUUGUAGGUUUUUAGUGCGCUACGAUCAUGAUCAGUCUGAGGAAAUUGUGCCACUGAGAAAGGUUUGCCGUCGGCCCGAAACUGACUACAGGUUGCAUCAACUUCACGCCGUGAAUGAUGCAGCAGCAUCCAUAGAACAACAGAAAAUUAGCAUGGAUCCGUCAGCAGUUACUGUGCCAAGGUCUAGCACUUCUGCCGAAACAAUGCAAAAGCAGCGGUAUGUCGAUGCAGCUGUGGUGGCCCCAGUAUCGAAUGCCAAUGUUUCUGUAGCCACUCAUACAGUAGCCCCAGAACCAAAACAAGCUGAAAUUAGCAACACUAACAUCGCAGGAAAUUCUAUUGUUCCUCCAGGUGCUGCACCCGGGAGCAGCAAUGCUGCCGGUGGCUCUAUAUAGAACAGGCCAGAAGCAAAAUAGAAGGUUGAUCAGACAUUCUGCUAUGAUCUUUAUUUUUAUUGUCGCUUUCAAAAGUCUUACGUCUUCUUCAGUGAUGGUUUCCCUUAUCACUUCUUUUUGUUUUCGUCUGAGCUUUAUGAUUAUUAAACAUGAAAUUACGCUCGCGAUUUCUCUGAAUGCUGAGAACAGCAAACUGGAAAGGAGAGAGAAUGAAGAAAUUAUAGCUGUUACCAUGUCCAA